AUGACCGACAUGAAGCCGUUUGCUGUCGCCGAGAGACCGUGCGGCGAGAACGAGAACGAGCUAGAGUUCACGUACGCCUUCUCCUACUUUGUGCGUCCACAAGCUGACUUCGAUCCAGAAGAUUACUCGAAACACGUUCGGCCGGUUGCCGCCAUCUCAUCCGUACAGCAGUUCUGGGAGACGUACUGCCAUUUGAGGAGACCAUGCGAUUUCCAAAUGAAGGUCGACCUCCACUUCUUCAAGAAGGGCAUCAAGCCCGUAUGGGAAGACGAGGCGAAUAAGAAGGGUGGUAAAUGGAUUCUACGAGUAAAGAAGGGCCUUUGCUCACGAAUUUGGGAAAAUCUGCUGUUGGCCAUCAUCGGCGAGCAGUUCCUGGUCGGGGACGAGAUUUGCGGGGCCGUCAUCUCGGUCAGGAACCAGGAGGACAUCAUUUCUUUGUGGAACCGAACCGCCGAUGACCUCGGGGUUCGCUUCCGGAUUCGCGACUCGCUUCGUCGGGUGCUCCAUUUGCCAAGCAAUACGAUCCUCGAGUACAAACGUCACGACGACUGCUUGAAAGAUCAGAGCAGCUAUCGGCAUACUAACAUCGACCUCGGCAAGCGA